GCAAAUUGAACCACAGAGAGAAAGAGAAAAGAGAAAGAGAAAGAGAAAGAGAAAGAGAAGGAUGGUAGAGGACAUAGAGAAGCCAGAGAAAGUGGAAGUACUAAAUAUUGAUUCAAAGAAAGUGAACCAUGAUUAUGUCAAGCCUUCUGCUCAUGCUAUUGAUAAAGAUUCAUGGCAACAAGUUGGAGUGAUGCUUGUGACAAGCUGUAAUUGUGCCUACGUCCUUAGUUUCUCAAAUCUCAUGUUGGUUCCAUUGGGUUGGGCUUGGGGCAUCUUUUGCUUGAUUAUGGUCGGAGCUUUCGCUUUCUAUGCCAAUUGGCUUCUUGCUGACUUCCACAUCAUCGAUGAAUAUCGUUUUAUUCGGUAUCGAGACCUCAUGGGCUACGUUUUCGGAAGGAGACUUUAUUACACAACAUGGAUAUUGCAGUUCUUAACCUUGCUUCUUGCAAACAUGGGCUUCAUCCUUCUUGGUGGAAAAGCACUCAAGGAAAUAAACUCAGAAUUCAAUAGCACAACAAUGAGGCUUCAAGUGUUCAUUGUGAUAGCAGGAUUUGUGUAUUUUUUAUUUGCUUACUUAGUCCCAACAAUGUCUGCCCUGAGAAAUUGGCUUGCACUCUCAGCAAUUCUCACCAUCACUUUUGAAGUCACACUGCUGGCAAUCUUACUCAAAGAUGGGAAAAAGAGUAAAAGAGAGGAGGAUUACAACAUCCAUGGAAGCAAAACCGACAAAAUUAUUAAUGCAUUUGGUGCAAUUGCUGCUAUUCUAGCUUGCAACGCUUCUGGCCUUCUCCCUGAAAUUCAGUCAACACUUAGAAAACCAGCAGUAGUGAACAUGAGAAAAGCACUUACAAUGCAAUUCACAAUUGGUCUAGCAAUAUAUUAUGGUGUGAGUAUUGUUGGUUAUUGGGCAUAUGGUUCAUCAGUUUCAGCAUACCUUCCAAGUGAGUUAAGUGGACCAAAAUGGGCUAAAGUGCUUAUCAACUCUUUUGCUUUUCUACAAAGCAUUGUUUCUCAACAUAUGUUCUGUGCACCAAUUCACGAAGCACUCGACACAAAAUUCUUGAGAUUGGAUGAAAAAAUGUUCUCCAAAAACAACCUUCUUCGUCGAUUUAUUCUCAGAUCCAUCGUUUUCGGUAUGAAUACAUUUAUCACAGCCUUACUUCCAUUUAUGGGAGACUUUGUAAACCUUCUUGGAUCAUUCACUCUAUUCCCACUAACCUUUGUAUUCCCAAGCAUGAUUUUUCUCAAGGUUAAAGGGAAAAGCUCCAAUAGAGUUGAAAAGGCAUGGCAUUGGAUAAACAUCAUAGUUUUCUCUCUUCUUUCAAUUAUAACAACUGCUUCGGCUAUUCGAAUUAUCAUAAAUAAUGCAAGGAUUUACUACCUUUUUGCUGACACUUGAUGCUCAAAGAUUUCUUAUAGUAAGAAAAUAAAUCGUGUGAUUUUGGAGA